UCAGCAGUUGGUUCUCCCAAGAGUCCUUUCUCCAUCAUCUGCGCCUCUUUCUUUCCUUUCGCCCACGUCCCUCUCAUGACCCCCCCACACCAUGGCUUCUCCGUCCACUUAAAUCCGUCACCUUCUCACUCCCCACCGGAAUCCCCAGUGUCUCCUUCAGCCUCGACACACAGACCACUCGAAACGGGUUUCAGGUUUUCCCCUUCAUCCCAACUCCCAUCCUCUUCUUCCACCCCUCCCCACGCUCCAGUGCCGCCAGCCAGCUGUCCAGCUCCCAAAUUCCGGGCGAGAUUCCCGGGAACAAAGCAAGAAAAAUCAGCGUAAUUUGGGAAAUAAACAGAAGCUGGGAAGGGAGGAGGUAGAGAAGAGUGGGGAGGACCCAGGUGGAGGGGGGGCCUCUCCAGUCCCACCCAGUUUAGGGAAUGCCCCUGCCUUCUCCACCCCCCCUUCACCUGGCUCUUAAAGGGCCCGGCCCCCGCCGGCGGCUACUUAAGGCAGAGGGGCGGCGGCGGGCAGCAGCUGCGCUUCGGCUGCUCUGGGAAGAGUGGAAGGGGCAAAAAUCCCGAUCAUGAUCCCCCACAGGCUGCUGCCGCCACUGCUGCUAACUCUGUUGCUCGCUGCCCGCCCAGGAGGCGCCCUGGCACAGUGCCCGGGCUGUGGGCAGGGGGUGCAGACGGGUUGUCCAGGGGGCUGCGCGGAGGAGGAGGACGGGGGACCGCCAACGGAGGGCUGUGCGGAAGCUGGGGGCUGUCUCAGGAGGGAAGGGCAGCAGUGCGGGGUCUACACUCCUAACUGCGCUCCAGGACUGCAGUGCCAGCCGCCGGAGGAAGAUCAGGCGCCUUUGCGGGCGCUGCUGCUGGGCCGGGGCCGCUGUCGCCGGGCUCGCACGCCCUCGGCCUCUUCUUCCUCCGUUCAUCUUGUGGCUGUAGGGGAGAAUCCUAAGGAGAGUAAGCCCCAAGCAGGGACCACGCGCUCGCAGGACGUGAACCGCAGGGACCCACAGAAGAGUCCGGGGACCUCUACCACUCCCUCCCGGCCCAAUCCUGGGGGCGUCCAAGACACUGAGAUGGGCCCUUGCCGCAGACAUCUGGACUCAGUGCUGCAGCAACUCCAGACCGAGGUCUUCCGAGGGGCCCACACCCUCUACGUGCCUAAUUGUGACCACCGGGGCUUCUAUCGGAAGCGGCAGUGCCGCUCCUCCCAGGGACAGCGCCGAGGUCCCUGCUGGUGUGUGGAUCGGAUGGGCCAGCCCCUGGCCGGGUCCCCAGAUGGUGAUGGAAACGCCCCCUGCCCCUCCGGGAGCAGCGGCUAAGGCUGGGUGGGAGGCUGCAGGGCCACCGGCAGGAGCGUGGGGCCAUCAUCUUGGGUUAUUUGUUGAGUGAUGAGUAACUCGGAGGCCCAGCACUCUACCUUCUGGCCCUGCCACAUUGUCCCCCUCACCCCAGGACCUCACGCAUGGAAAGAUUGUUGGUGUUGGCGUGGGGUAUUAAUAAAGCCGUGUUGGGGUCUCUGG